AUGACCAGCUUCGAAAACUGUGGUAAGUGGCGUCUUGUUGCGACCAUCCGGACCCAAGUCGAUUUCGUCCAUGUUCAGGAGCAGGUUCACUGUACUUUCGAAGCCUUUCUUCACUGCAACGGUCAAUGGGGUAUGGCCAUUAACAUCUUUGGUGUUAAGUUCGAUACCAGGUUGCGCAAGCAACAUAUUAAUGAUUUCGUCCAAUCCAAAACACGCAGCGACCUGUAG